UAAAACGGGUCGUCAAUAUGAAGUCAUCGUGAUGGCCAACAAGUCAGCGAUGACGUCGUAUACAAAUAGACGUAUAUGGUUCAUUCCUGAGUCAGGUAGUGUCAAUUGAAAUAAAGCCCCGAUGAAAGUAUGAACUAUGACAGCGAUUAGAGACAGGAUUAGCAGACAAUAAUAUACAAACUAAUAGUAAGAAUGUCUGUUCAAGUUACCUGUAUUAUCAUCCUCACCUGUCUCCACUGUUUAAUUGAUACUGGAUUCGCGAGAAAUAUAAACACUGGAUUCCAGAAUCAAUCAGAAAGUUUUGUUCGACCAGAAGAUGUUUUAGUGAAUCAAGUCGUCGAUAAAGACUUGACGAAUGUAGAUAAAAAUAAUAAUGCGGGUGGUGUCCAGUCCCAAACAACAACUGAUACUGUUGUCCAUAUUAUCGGCAAAAUGAACCACAAACUACCAGCUCCAAACCAAACGAGAAAAUUUAAAAAACCAAACGCAAAACCUCCACUUUAUCCGAAAAAUAUCAAAUCAACUGUGAACCUUUUACCAGACCCUACAAAGACCAAAUUAAAGAAGCCAAUAUUUAACCCAAGGCCCGCCGGUUUUUCUACCAAAAGGUCAUCUGUGAACAUACUACCAGCCCAAGUAUCUUCAGAUCAAGCACCAUCCAAUAGUUCAACUAGCCCUAGCCAACCUAGAUCUGUUGGUGCUGGCCGUGAAUCCCUAUCAUUGGGACCAAGCUUAGCGGAAAUGGGUACAUCAUUUGGGGAACCCCUUUCUUCAUUAUCAUCAGUAGCUAGUUCUCCAAAGUCUUCUGACCAUAUUCCACCACCUGGAAUCAUUUUUGGGACGCCUGAUCACCCACCUAGUAAUAGUGCACCGAUCAGUUCAUCAGCAGUAGAGCUUAAUCCAGAAGAAACAACAAUACUGGAUUCUGGAUCAGAAACUUCAAAUGUUGCAGAUACCGGAUAUUCAGAGCACCAUAGCCCCUUUUCUAUUCAAGUUUCGGAUCCGCUUUUGGUACCCCAAAAUGUGGCCUUGGCCGGACCAUCAACAUCUAGUCCUUUGUCUCCAGAAGAUACCUUUAUGGAUAUUUCAACAUUUUCUUCUGUGUCUCCUACUCUGCCAGUAAUAAACGACCAAGCAGACCAGUGGUAUUGGCCCGAUGGACACAACACUGGUCCCUUAACAGAAUAAAAUGUCAAAACAUAAUGCUUAAUCGUAACAUAUUUGAAGGAUUUGACCAAGUGGUGCGGUAGAUUGCUUGGUAGAUUAUGCUUCAGGUUGCCUGUUAGAACUUUGUUAAGUUUAGAUGUGCAUCCGGACGUACCAAGAUCUGAUUUCUUUUGCAAGAACGUUUCAGAAGGUCGCAACAAUAACCAUUGAGUUUGGAAUCCAGUGAAAAAGUGGAAUAAUUGGUCAGAAGAAAGCCGUCGUGAUAAGACGGUUACUUAAAGAUGUAAAAUGUGUUAUGAAUAUACUAACCUUAAUGAACUAUAAAAGGUUACCAAUGAAAAUCUGUUGAAAUCCUUAUUAAUAAAAAUUUAACAAAGUU